AUGUUCUUCGAUGGAGCAGCGAACUUCAAAGGAGUCAGAAUUAGAGCAGUCCUAGUUUCAGAAACAGGUCAACAUUACCCAAUCUCGGCAAAGAUUAGGUUUCCUUGCACAAAUAACAUGGUAGAAUAUGAGGCUUGCAUUCUCUGGCUUAGGAUGGUAGUAGACAUGGAUAUUAAAGAGCUAUUGGUGAUAGGAGAUUCAGAUUUGUUGAUCCAUCAGGUGCAAGGAGAAUGGACCACCAAGAAUGUCAAAAUCCUUCCUUAUGUGCAAUGUGUUAAGGAAUUAAGCAAAAGGUUUACGAAGAUCGAAUUCAAGCACGUCCCUCAAAUUCAAAAUGAGUUCGUCGAUGCCUUGGAGACACUAUCUUCAAUGAUUCAGCAUCCAGAUAAGAAUUACAUCGAUCCCAUCAAAGUGGAGAUACAAGACCAACAAGCCUACUAUUUCCAUGUAGAUGAAGAGCCAGAUGGAAAGCCGUGGUACUAUGACAUUAAGAGAUUACUUGGAGCAGGAGGAUAUCCAGAAGGCACUAUUGGAAAACAGAAGAGGACUUUAAGAAGGAUGGCCAAUCAAUUCUUUCUCAACUGGGAAAUCCUAUAUAGGAGGACUCCAGACCUAGGAUUACUAUGA